CAUUCAUACUAUCAAUCAAUAACGAUAAACUGAUAACUGCGGGAAACAAAUCAACAGAUUAAACAUGGCGAGCUUCUGCCUGCAAUUGAACGCCGGCAAUGGCAUACCCAGAAAUCUCACAAUCGCUUCCGCUAAAGACAGUGCCACUAAUAUCGAAAGAGUCGAGCUACCUGAAAAAGUGAAGACCUCCAGAAUUCUGAUACUAGGCGGCACCGGAAGAGUUGGAGGUUCCACUGCCCUCGCCCUCAACAAAUUCUGCCCUCAUCUUCGCAUUCUAGUCGGUGGCCGAAACAGGGAAAAAGGUGCUGCAGUGGUGACAAAAUUGGGCAACAACUCUGAAUUCGUGGAGGUUGACAUCAAUGAUAGUUUAUCACUAGAUAAUGCUUUGAAGGGUGUGGAUCUUGUUGUUCAUACUGCCGGGCCAUUUCAGCAGUCCGACAAGUGUGCCGUGCUUGAAGCUGCAAUUCAGAACAAGGUUGCCUAUCUUGAUGUGUGUGAUGAUUCAAGCACUGCGCAGCGUGCAAAAUCAUAUAUGAACAGAGCGCUGGAUGCAAAUAUUCCAGCAAUAACAACUGGGGGGAUCUACCCAGGAGUGAGCAACAUAAUGGCGGCAGAGCUCGUUCGUGCAGUCAAAAGUGAGGGCAAAGGUGAACCAGAGAGACUAAGGUUCUAUUACUAUACUGCAGGCUCUGGUGGUGCUGGCCCAACAAUAUUAUCGACUAGCUUUCUACUUCUAGGAGAAGAGAUGCUUACUCGGUAUUUGACAGGAGAAAAAAUUAAACUGAAGCCUUAUAGCGGGAUGCUCAACAUUGAUUUUGGACGUGGGAUUGGGAAGAGGGAUGUUUUCUUGUUGAAUUUACCGGAGGUCAGAAGCACCCAUGAGAUUCUCGGAGUACCAACUGUGAGUGCACGGUUUGGGACUGCACCCUUCUUCUGGAAUUGGGGGAUGGUAGCCAUGACGUACUUACUUCCAGCUGAAACCCUGAGAGACAGAAGCAAAGUUCAACAGCUAGUUGACUUGUUCGACCCUUUAGUCAGAAAAGUUGAUGCAAUUGCCGGAGAGAAAGUGUCGAUGAGGGUUGAUUUGGACUGUUCUGAUGGAAAGUCUAGAAUAGGAAUAUUCAGCCACAGAAAACUAUCUGAAUCAGUAGGAAUCUCUACAGCUGCAUUUGCCCUGGCAAUUCUUGAAGGAAGCACGAAGCCUGGAGUUUGGUUUCCUGAAGAGCCUGAAGGUAUUGCAGUGGAGGCAAGGGAAGUCCUUCUAAGUCGUGCUGCACAAGGAACGUACAAUUUCAUCAUGAACAAGGCUCCCUGGAUGGUUGAGACUAAUCCUAAGGAGAUAGCUUUUGGGAUCUACAAUUGAAAACUCCUGUACAUCUUGUUCACUUUUGGCUGUUGAGGAUGCAAAGGUAAUUUAGCUUUUCUAAUAGUUUUCAUGUCAAGUGAAUUUAGACCAAAACGUUUCUGUAUGGUAUGGACAGACUGAAUUGUGUAGGUAUCAUUCUUUAAUUGUACAAAAUGAUCCUAUGGUGAGAAUCUAGGGAUGUACUUAUCAUUCAUCUAUUUGACAUGUAUUCAGUGGUGGACUUAUAAUGAAAUAAAAUUAAGUUCAAGGAA